CGUUUUUACACCGAUCCAUCACCGGCCGCCGGCUCCCGCGCCCCACCGCCGCCGCCGCCGCCGCGCCAAGCCAUGGCCGCGCCCGGCGCAGGCCUGGCCGCGCCCGCCAUGGCCGAGGGCGGCGGCGCCCUGGACGCGCCCGGCCUGGCCGCACCGUUCGCGAGGUGGACAGCUCCACCGCCCUGGAGUACGACCGCCCUAGAAUGCGACAGGUCCACUGCUGGUCGCAUCGCCGUGGGCGCCGAGCGUAUCCCCUCCGGUGGCCUUCUCCAGGGGUCCGGAGGAAGCGGAAGCAACCUAGCAAGAAUGUUACAAAAGCUGCACCAAAAGAGCUUAGCACACCAAAAAGAUCAACUAGAGAAGAAAUACUACGUGAUAGUUCCAGAAGGAUCACUAGAAGUGCACUUGCAAAAUUAUUAGAAGAGAGCAACUCUUAACAACCCAUCGCCGCUAGUCCUGAGAGGACGCCUAUUGCGGCUGCACCAAAAAAGAUAACUCCAAAGAGAAGGUUUAAUAUUGGAUGACUCCAAAAAGAAG